GCAGCCACAGUGAGCAUGGAAGAGCCGGUGUGUCUGAUUGAUACGGGGCCUGACGGGCGCCUGAGUGUCCAGCAGGGGGCACUGCAGAUCCUGGAGCACAGCCAGGAGCUGGUGGUGGUGGUGGCAGUGGUGGGGCUCUACCGCACGGGGAAAUCCUUCCUCAUGAACCGACUGGCAGGGAAGAGAAAAGGCUUUGCUCUGGGCAGCACCGUCGAGUCCAAGACCAAAGGCAUCUGGAUGUGGUGUAUACCUCAUCCCAUUAAAGAUGGGCACACCCUGGUGCUACUGGACACAGAGGGACUGGGAGAUGUGGAAAAAGGUGAUGAGAAACAUGACACGCGGAUCUUCUGUCUGGCCGUUCUGCUAAGCAGCACUCUGGUCUACAACAGCAUGAUAACCAUUGAUAACAAUGCCUUGGAGAAACUACAUCUUGUAACAGAACUGACGGAGCACAUCAGGGUGAAGUCCACUGAGGACAGCGAGAACACAGAGCUGAAGCUGAAGCGCUUCUUCCCUUCCUUCGUGUGGACCGUCAGAGACUUCAUGUUGGAGCUGGAGCUGAAGGGCAAACCUAUCAGUGCUGAUGAAUACCUGGAGAAUUCUCUGGAGCAGAAAGAAGGCUCCAAACCUGAAGUGAACAAGGUUCGGCAAAGCUUAAAAGAGUUCUUUGUGGUGCGACGCUGCUUCGUCAUGGAACGGCCGGCCAGUAAGCAGAAGAUGAAACGUGUGGAGCAGCUGACGGAUGAUGACCUAGAUGAGAGCUUUGUAGAGCAGGCAAAUGAGUUCUGCAACUACAUCCACCAUGAGGCCCAGGUCAAGACCAUGAGAGGAGACCAAAAGCUGACCGGCAGAAUGCUGGGUAGCCUGGUAGAGUCGUCUGUGGAGGCGAUCCGCAGUGGGAAGAUGCCAUGUCUGGAGAACGCUGUGGUGUCGCUGGCAAAGAUCCAUAAUGGCCGAGCUCUGGCAGAGGCUCUGGAGCUCUACGAGAAAGAGAUGAUUGAGAAAGUGGAAUUCCCCACAGAGACACAGGAGGCGCUGUAUAAGGUCCACAGGGAAGCGGUACCGAAAGCCAUCAGCAAGUUUAUGAAGGCAUCCUUCAACAGUCACGAUGGGAAGCAUCUGCUUCUGCUCAGGGCCAACAUAGAAGGAAAGUACGUAGAGUUGUAUGAGAGGAACGUGAAGGAGUCUGGUAACCAGAGCAAGAAAGUCAUCCGUGACGUGUUUGCCUCUCUGUUGAAUGGACUCAAUAGCGGCUCUUUCGUGAAACCUGGGGGCUACAACAAAUUCCGCUCUGAACUUGACCGAGGAGUUGAGUGCUACAGAUCAACGACAGGCAAGGGAUUCAUGAGUGAGGAAGUCCUGACGGACUAUCUAGAGGAGAAGCAUGUGGUGGGAAACUCUAUCAUGAUUGCGGACGAGAGCCUGACUGAGUCCCAGAGGAAGGCGGAAGAACAAAGGAUCAGGAGGGAGGAAGCAGAACAGCAGCAAAGGCUUCUGCAGCAGAAAUUGGAGAUGGAAAAGGAAGCCAUGCAUGAGAUGAAGAAGAAUCAAGAGGAGAGUAUUAAGCAGCUGGAGAUGAAUAUGGAGGAGGAGAAACAGAGAGCCCGUGAAGAAGACCAGCAAGCCCUGGAAUCUAAACUGAAGGAGCAGAAAGAGCAUCUGCAGCACAGGUUUGAGCAGGCGAACGCAGAUCUGAAAGAGAAGUGCACACAGCUGGAGACAGAGAUCGCACAGCUGGAGAAGGAGAGCACACAGCUGAAGAAGAAGACCACACAACUGAAGAGGAAAAGGGACAGGAGCAAGCCCUUUGAAGCAGUUGGAAGACUUUUCAUCAGCCAGCUAUACCAGAGGAUGUCCUUUGCAGAUGAUACUGAAAUGAUAGCGUCACCCUGGGACGAAGCGGAAGAUUACAGCGAUGUCCAGGAAGCAGCAUUCCAAGGACCAUCACACCGCACUGUUUUUGGCAGGGCCAGCAGGGCCAAGAGGUUGCCAAGAGGGAUGUCGAGCAAAGAUCUCCUGUUCAGGGUGCGGUCAUCCCUCAUCCAGAGGAUGACGUACUUGUCCCCCAUACUGGACUGUCUUCUGCGUGCGAAUGUGAUAAACCAGGAGGAGUAUGCGAAUGUCCUGGCGUGGGACACAUCUCAGGACAAGGUGAGGUCACUUUUGGACAUGAUCUACAGGAAGGGAGAGAUGGCCUGCAAGAUCAUGCUCCAGGUGCUGCAGGAACUGGACCCCUACCUUUAUGAGGACCUGCUCUCUACUCUGGACCUCUAACGAUGACCUGUGAGAAUCACUCCUGCCUUUACCUUUGUAUUUUUGGGGCAGUUGUAUCAGAUCUCAUAUACGCAUAGCGUUUCCCAUGAUGAUCACACAUGACCUGCACACCUAGACUAACAAAUGGAAACAAAUGUGGAAACCCCUGGACUUGCCCAGUAGAAUGGCCCUGUCUUAAUCUGUGUAACAAUUAUCCCUGUUUUAUCUGUGUAAGAAUGUCUUCACCUGUGAUACACUUGCCCUGUAAGAAUUGUGGUGUUCACUGUUUCAUAAUCGUUUUGUAAUAAAAAUGUAGCUUCUGAUGUGUUUUACUUGGCAUUUUGAGCAAUAAUACAAAUAUGAAAUAUGCACACACACACACAAAAAGACAAUUAUUAGUAUAAAUACAUAAUGCAUUUCAUUCAGCCA